GCGAUAAAAUAAAAUAUGUGUGAUCAAGAUAAAUCAAAUUCAGGAACUAAAGAGGAACAAAUAACUUCUGAUUCAUCUAAUGAAUUCCUCGAUGGAGCCUGCUUCUCUGUGGAACCCACGAAAUAUCAUUCUACGAGCAGCAACGUUGCCGUUAUGGUUACUCAUCGAUAUGCAUUCGAAUAUAAAAUGUCUCAUCCGCAUCGCGGGCUGGCAAUGAUCUUCAGCCAUGAGCACUUCAAUAAGAAACGUCUGUCAUUACGACCCGAAUCAGUUAUCGACAGCGAAAAUUUAAGUCGUGUGCUCAAAAAAUUGGGUUUCGAUGUACGGAUUUACAAAGACCUGUGUCACAAGGAACUAAAGGAAACACUAAAUAACGCUGUUGGCAUGGAUCAUUCGAAUAACGAUUGCAUUCUAGUCGCUCUGCUGACGCAUGGCAAAAACAAUAAGGUCUAUGCUCGUGAUCAUUCCUAUGAGUUGGAGCACAUUUGGGAAGCCUUCGCAGCUGACAAGUGCCUCACACUAGCGGGCAAACCGAAGAUAAUUAUUGUCCAGGCCUGUCGAGGCAAUCUGAGAGAUCCAGGCUAUUCCGUUCAUUCCAAGGGACAUACGGAAACGGACGGUGAUUCGGAGAGCAGCUAUAGGAUACCAAGAUUCGCCGAUUUUUUAGUUGCCUUUUGCACAGUUCCUAAUUACAGAUCGUGGAGCAAUACCUUAAAGGGCAGCUGGUUUAUAUACAAUCUAUGCGAGGAGCUGGAAGCCAAUGCCCUUUCAAUGAAUAUGCUCAGUCUACUUACCUUUGUCUCCCAGCGCGUGGCCAAUUGUGAGAGUGACGAAACACAAGGAAAACAAAUAAGCUGCUGCAUGUCCACGCUGACACGGGUUUUGAAUUUCUAA